UUAGAGCAGGACACAUAGCCAUACUGCUAAGAGUGAAAUGCUUGAUCUAUGUGUGGUUUAUGAUGUUUAAUAAACCACAGCGUUCUUCCCACCUCAAUAUAUCUGACCCUUCUCUAUCCCUAGCAAAGUAGCUCUAAGCAUGGCCUAUUAUAAAUCUUUGCCUCUAACAUGGCUGGACUUUUAUCACGAAGAGCCCCAUCAUUUCUUGUAAAGCUAAAAAAAGAAAACCAUGUAAUGGUUGCUGUCCCUAACCUUUUAUUGAUAUUUUUUGUCAACAAUGAUCAUGUGUGUUGAAAUAGCUACGUAAAUAGAUAGUAAAGAGCAUUUAGCAAAAUCACUAAUCAGAUGAAACCCAACAUUUUAUGCAUUCCAUGAAAUGACUCUGACGUUUAAAACUUUACUGUAAAUGAUGCCAUUUCAAGGUUGAUAUUUGGGUUUUGUACCAUUUUUGGAAUGCUAUGUGUGUGUCAAUGCAAUAUUUUUCCACUGCAGAGGAUGUGUAUGUGCUUCUCCCACGGAUUUCCUUCCAGUUGACGAGGAGUAAUGUUUUGCUUCUGUUUCACAUACAAUGGUUAAACAAUGAGAGGGAAUCCUUUCUAUGCGCUUUCAUCUUGAGUACUUUCGAUUUAAAAUCUGUAGGCUGUGCUUUUGUGCAAUAUGAUUAAGCAGUCUUUCAUCUGUGGAUAUGGUAGAAGGGAUUUCCCUCAACGUGACCUUUUGAGAGAUAUAUGUAUCUGUUCAAAUCAUAUUGUUCGGUGAUUAAGGCUGUGGUUAUGGUAUCUAGCAGCACUGACAGGCAUCUAAACUAUGAAUGAACAACGCCAACUUAAAACAAGUUUUGAAGGUUGUCGGAAGAAGUUCCAAGAAGUGUCUUCCAGUUAUCUCUCAGAUUCAGAAAGGUGUGACAGUGUGGAGCUCGACAAUGAAAUCCAGAUUCUGAUUGGAAAAAACAGUGCUUUGGAGUCCUGUAAGAAGCUGGAGAGUUGUUCCUGUGCCUUGACUGCCUUCAGCAAACACAACACUGUAGUCUCUUCUGAACAGAUGGAUUCAGAUAAGGAGGACAAGAAAACAUCAGACAUUCUCUUGGAGCAUAUAUUAGCAAAGAAGAUACCAAGGGAUGUACUGGAACAACAAAUUGUUUCGCUGGAAAAGCAGAAAGUAGAGCUUUUGGCAGUAAACAACCAAUGGGAUCAAGAGUUCAGACGGAUGAAGCAGCGGUACGAGAAAAAGGUCACAGAUAUAAAACAAAAAACAGAAGCAAUGCAGAAAAAUAUCAGGGAACUUGAAAAAGAGAGGCACCAACUGCAGGAAGAAUGCCAAAGGCUGAAAGAUCUUACUACAACCAACCUAGUAGAUGAAAUGCGACAGCAUAAAACCCUAAAGGGAGAGAAUAAGCUUCUGAGAGAAGAAACUGCCUUAGCAAAUACAAAGAAGAUGCAUUAUGAACGUGAAAUAAGUCGGCUCAACAAGGCUCUUCAGGAUGCCUUGAAAAAUCGAAGUACAUCGUCGAAUGAACCACCCCAUCUAGAUGCAUUGGAUACAAGUUGCAAUGAAGAGAUGAGGUUGGAAAUGGAAGUUCUCAGGCAGCAGGUUCAAAUAUAUGAAGAAGACUUUAAAAAGGAAAGAUCUGAUAGAGAAAGACUUAACUCAGAGAAAGAAGCACUACAGAAAAUUAAUGAGCGAUCACAGUCCCAGCUGAACAAAUUACAUUCCCAGAUCAAAGAUUUCCAGGAAGAAAAAAGACUACUUCAGAAGCAAGUAAAACAACAGGUCCAAGAACUCCGACUUCUAACACAAAAACAAGGCUUCCCACAUCACUUGGCUUCCAACGUCACAUGCCAUCUUUGUCUGAGUUAUAGAAACUGUGGAUUACUUCACUAUUACCCUGAACCUCAGAUAACAUUAGCCUCACGUGGAGUUAACCGAAAGGAGCAAGAGCCCCCUGUAAGCUAGGUUUCCUGUUAGUUUUCAUUCCACAAAGCAGGAACACUCCAACAUUCAGCAUUUUGCAACCAUGAAUAUUAGAUUUUGCAAAUAUAUUGAGAAUCAAAAUAAAGUAAUAAUAUAGAUUCCAUUGAGGUGUAGUGUAUAGUGUUUGAGAAAUCCAGAUUCUUAGCUCCAUCGAACCAUAAACUCACUUAGGUGAGUAACUUGUCCUACGUCACAGUGGGGGGAAAGCGACAGGGGUCGGGAGGGAAGUGAACUGUGUACACUGCUUUUAGUUCUUUGAGAAUAAUCCGGAUUUAAAUUUAAUAAAAAAAAAUGUGAAACAACUUAACUGGCUUUAUUUUUUUGUUCCAUGUUGCAAAUGUUUCUCUUGAUAGAAAGAUUCACCAUCUUGCAACUUAUUUCUGCUCUGGCAUAGUUGUUAAAAUGUUCCUUAUUUGUUGACAAAAGAGAGGUACAGAUAGGAGGAAACAGGAAAGGUGAUAGAUUUUGAUUAGUUGGUUAUGUGAGUGGUGUGGUUUGUGGCGAAGUAUCUGGGGAAAGAAUUCAGGAGAAUUGUUGCACUGAUAGUAAAAUAAGUUAUUGUAAUUGAAUAAGUAUGGCACCC